AUGUUACGUGACGUAUAUGGCGAGGAAGCCUUAAAAGAAAGACAGUGCCGCAAUUGGUUUGAUAAGUUCCGUUCUGGAGAUUUUUUACUCAAAGAUGAGCAACGUUCUGGUCGUCCAUUGCAAGCUGAUGAUGACCAAAUCAAAACCAUAAUCGAGUUGGAUCGUCAUAUAUUUGAGCGGGAGAUUGGAGAAAAGUUGAAACUUGAUAUUUGGGUACCACAUGAAUUGAAAGAAAUUCAUUUAACAAAGCGUAUCAAUGCUUGCGAUUCUCAUCUCAAACGCAAUGAAUUCGAUCCUUUUUUGAAGCGAAUAAUUACUGGUGAUGAAAAAUGGAUUGUUUACGAUAAUAUUAAGCGAAAACGUUCAUGGUCCAAACGUGAUGAGCCACCACAAACCACCUCGAAAGCUGAUAUUCACCAAAAAAAGAUUUUGUUAUCAAUUUGGUGGGAUUGGAAGGGUAUGGUAUUUUUUUAUCUCCUUCCAAGGAACCGAACCAUCAAUACGGAUGUCUACUGUCAGCAACUGGACAAACUGAAUGCAGCGAUUAAAGAAAAACGGCCAGAAUUGGUCAAUCGUAAGGGCGUCAUCUUCCACCAGGACAACUCUAGGCCACACACAUCUUUUGUCACUCGCCAAAAAUUAAUGGAGCUUGGUUGGAAAUUGAUGUUACAUCCACCAUAUAGCCCUGACAUUACGCCGUCAGAUUACUAUUUAUUUCAAUCCUUGCAGAACUACUUGGAUGACAAUUUAAAGAAGGUUCUAGAUAAAUAUAGAUAUGAACUGAAAGACAUCUAUAAUGUUGACGAAACAGGCAUUACAACGAUUCAGAAAUCCAAUAAAAUAAUUGCUAAUAGAGGAACUAAACAAGUUGAAGCAUUAACAUCUGCCGAAAGAGAAAACUUGGUCACUGUGACUUGUGCCAUUAAUGCCAUCGUUGUAACAACUUUACCGGCAUCAAUAACUAUACCAGGUGUACCGGUAUGA